GGACGUCCAAACGUCAGACCUGCGACAGGAGAAGGCCAUGCAGUCGGCCGUCGUCGCCAUGCAGCGUUUCUACGGGAUUCCGGUGACGGGGAUCCUGGACGAGAAGACGAUAGAGUGGAUGAGGAGACCCCGCUGCGGCGUCCCGGAUCAGCCUCACACCAGCCGCCGGCUGAGGAACAAACGCUACACCCUGACGGGGCAGAAGUGGAGAGAUAAAAAGAUCUCCUACAGCAUAUCUAACUACACCCCUAAGGUUGGAGAGAAGGACACCCACAGGGCGAUCCGACAGGCCUUCAACGUUUGGCAGGUCGUCACGCCGCUCUCCUUCCAGGAGGUGCCGUACUCAGAGAUGAGGAACGAGGGGAAGGAGGCGGACAUCAUGAUCUACUUCGCCUCUGGUUUCCAUGGCGACAGCUCCCCGUUCGAUGGCGAGGGCGGCUUCCUGGCCCACGCCUACUUCCCGGGCUCUGGCAUCGGAGGAGACACUCACUUUGACCUGGACGAGCCGUGGACGCUCGGGAACGCCAACCACGACGGAAACGAUUUGUUCCUGGUGGCGGUCCACGAGUUGGGCCACGCGCUGGGUUUGGAGCACUCCAACGAUCCCAGUGCCAUCAUGGCUCCGUUCUACCAGUACAUGGACACACACAACUUCAAGCUGCCUCUGGACGACCUGCAGGGCAUCCAGAAGAUCUACGGCAUCCCCACAGUCAUGCUGGAACCUACACGACCAUUACCCACCAUGCCUUUUUGGCGAACCCACGCAACCGCGGAGCGCAAAUACAACCGGCACUCCCACCCGGCGCGUCCACCUGGCGACAGACCCGCUCUGCCCGGAAACGGCAAACCCAGCAUCUGCGAUGGAAACUUCAACACUGUGGCCUUCUUCAGGGGGGAGAUGUUUGUUUUCAAGGACCGCUGGUUUUGGCGUCUGAGGAACAACAAGGUCCAGGAGGGGUACCCCAUGCAGAUCGAUCAUUUCUGGAGAGGUCUGCCUCCUCGCAUAGACGCCGCCUACCAGAGGUCUGAUGGGAAACUCGUCUUCUUCAAAGGGGACAAGUUCUGGGUGUUUAGGGAGGUCACGGCCGAGCCGGGUUACCCUCAGAGUCUGGUGGAGCUGGGCAGCUUCUUCCCCAAAGACGGCGUCGACGCCGCGCUUCGUUGGGACGGUGUCGGGAAAACGUACUUCUUCAAGGGGAACCGGUACUGGCGCUACAACGAGGAGAAGCGAGCUGCAGAUCCAGGGUACCCCAAACCCAUCGGGGUGUGGAAGGGGAUCCCAGAGUCUCCGCAGGGAGCCUUCACCAGCAGCGAGGGAUUUUAUACCUACUUCUACAAGGGGAAAGACUACUGGAAGUUUGACAACCAGAAGCUCAAAGUGGAACCUGGAUACCCAAAGUCGGUUUUACGUGACUGGAUGGGAUGCUUCCAGUCUGACAUGGAGCGCUCCGGUGACACCCGCGGAGACCGCCAGCUGCCCCUUGACGACGUGGACAUCAUGGUGACCUUCAACAACGCCCCCACGACAGUCAACGCCAUCGCUGUGGUCAUCCCCUGCAUCCUGUCGCUGUGCGUCCUGGUGCUGGUCUACACCAUUUUUCAGUUCAAGAACAAAGGAGCGCAGCAGAACGCGAUGAUGCAGCACUACUACAAAUACCCGGUUCAGGAGUGGGUAUGACACGCAAACAUCUGGAGUCGAGUUGCGCUUUGGAACCUGGCUAACGUUCGGCAUCGGCACAGGACGAGCUAAAGGGCGCGAACUCUGUCCGCCGGUGAGGCCGAGCCGUGAAACGUGGGAGUAGAUUUAGACUUUGAUUCAAAGUGUUUGUGUCUGCUUCGUGAGACGUGUCAGUGUUCACGUAUGUUUAAACCAAACAUGGACAGAGAUUAUCUGAGAGGAAGAAAAGCAGAUUUGUUAAAGUUUUUAUACGUUUUAAACACAAAAGAUGGAGGAAAAAAACGUGACUUUUUAUUUUCUUUGACAAAAAAAAAAAGAUUGUGCUAAAAAGCAACUUGUACAAGUGAAUUACUUUAGUUAUCAAACUAAUUUAAAAUUACUUUAAAAAAAAUA